CAGUUGCCUUGCUUAUGGCAUUUGUUUCAUUAUUUUAUUUAUUUUUCUUAAAUUUUUAUGGAACAAAGCCCAAACAUUUAAGUGAUGCACAGAAAUAAAGGGAACUUUCAAAAGGGUCCCCUUGAAGUUGAAUGAUAACAAGUAGAAUUAGUAGGAAGAAGAAGAAGAAGAUUGAAAUCGCCCAUUAAUGGAUUUGCAAAGUCUUUGCAAAGUAAUCUUAGUAUCAGCUCUAAUUUCACUUGUCUGUCACCCAUGUUCCGUCACCGCCGGUGAUAUAGUACACGACGAUGAUUCAGCUCCCAAGAAGCCUGGUUGUGAGAACGACUUCGUUCUUGUCAAAGUUCAAACUUGGGUUAAUGGCAUAGAGGAUGCUGAGUUUGUUGGUGUUGGUGCUAGAUUUGGUACUGCUAUAGUGUCAAAGGAGAAAAAUGCAAAUCAAAGACGCCUCGUUCUUUCUGACCCUCGUGAUUGUUGUAGCCACCCGAAGAAUAAGCUUGAUAAUGAUGUCAUUAUGGUGGACCGAGGUCACUGCAAAUUCACUACCAAGGCAAAUAAUGCACAGGCAGCUAAUGCUUCUGCUCUCCUCAUUAUAAAUAACCAAAAAGAACUUUAUAAGAUGGUAUGUGAUCCUGAUGAAACUGAUCUAGAUAUACACAUACCUACUGUCAUGCUCCCACAAGAUGCUGGUGUGAGCUUAGAGAAAAUGCUGACAAGUAAUUCAUCGGUGUCUGUACAGCUUUACUCUCCAAAACGACCUCUAGUGGACAUAGCUGAAGUGUUUCUAUGGUUGAUGGCGGUUGGUACCAUAUUGUGUGCUUCAUAUUGGUCUGCAUGGAGUGCUAGAGAAGCUGUUAUUGAACAUGACAAACUAUUAAAGGAUCCUUUAGAUGAAAUUCCAGAUACCAGGCAUGUCGGUUCCGGUGGCCUUUUGAAUAUCAACACCACAUCAGCUGUCUUAUUUGUUGUUUUUGCAUCUUGCUUCUUGAUUAUGCUUUACAAACUUAUGGCAUAUUGGUUUGUGGAGCUCUUGGUGGUUCUUUUCUGCAUAGGUGGUGUGGAGGGCCUUCAAACUUGCUUGGUUGCUUUAUUGUCAAGGUGGUUCAAGCGCAUUGCAGAAUCAUACGUUAAAAUUCCUUUGUUUGGAGCUGUCUCAUACCUUACAUUGGCUGUUUCCCCCUUCUGCAUUGCGUUUGCUGUUGUUUGGGCUGUUUACCGCAAUGUUUCCUUUGCUUGGAUAGGUCAAGAUAUACUCGGAAUUGCAUUGAUAAUCACAGUUCUGCAAAUUGUCCAUGUUCCUAAUCUCAAGGUGGGAACAGUUCUACUCAGUUGUGCUUUCUUAUAUGACAUCUUCUGGGUUUUUGUUUCAAAGAAGUUGUUCCAUGAAAGCGUGAUGAUCGUGGUUGCUCGUGGUGAUAAAAGUGGGCAGGACGGAAUUCCGAUGUUACUGAAGAUCCCACGAAUGUUUGAUCCAUGGGGUGGUUAUAGCAUAAUAGGAUUUGGUGAUAUCCUUUUACCUGGAUUGCUUGUAGCAUUUUCACUCAGGUAUGAUUGGCUGGCAAACAAGUCUCUUCGAGCUGGCUACUUCGUUUGGGCAAUGAUUGCUUAUGGCUUAGGUCUUCUUGUUACGUACGUUGCACUAAAUUUGAUGGAUGGACAUGGUCAACCAGCACUCCUUUACAUUGUCCCUUUUACACUUGGAACCUUUUUGACCCUAGGAAGAAAGAGAGGUGAUCUAAGAAUUCUCUGGACAAGUGGGGAACCAGAAAGACCUUGUCCCCAUAUCCGACUCGAACACCAAACUAUCGAAGAGUUGAACGAUGAAAAGUAAGAUCCUUGUAAUUAUAUAUUGGAGAACUAACUCUUAGCAUAAAUCUUAAUGCCCUUUAAUGCUAUACAAGGCAUGUUAUGAAUUUAAAACGUCUCAUUCGAAAAAAGAAAAAGGUGUGCUUUUGAUAAGCUUCAAAGAUUGCUUCCAAAAUAAUUGACAUCUUUCAGCCCA